AUGGAAAUUGCGAGAUUAAAUAAUAAUAAGAAUUAUAAAGAUUUUGAUCAUCUAAUUGUGAUGUGAUGAAAGGUUUUCUCUUUUGGAACAGAUGAUGUUACAACCAAAACAAACGAUGUUGGAGGUGAUCUUGAAUACAAAAGAGAGACUGAAGGAGAAUGGUAAUAUUUAUAAUUCAGUUAUAAGAGAUAUACUUAAUAAGAAGGACAUGCAAUAGCUUUUACUCUAUUUAAAGAUUAUAUUGAAGGAUUAAAAAUGGAUGUUUUAAAUUCUUUAUUAACAAACUGUCUAUACUUUUCUGUUGGUCAUGCUGGUAAAUAUUAUGCUAAUUUCGAUGGUUAAAUAACAAAAGUCAGAUUUAAUUUGGGUCCAGGUUCUUUUAUUGACAAUAAAGUAGAUUUACUAUCUAGAAUAAAGACAAAAGAUACGCUUCAAGAUGUAGAAUAGGUUAGUAUGUAUAGAAAUUUUAUCUGGAAUACAUGA